UUUUUAAGAUGAACCAAUCACGUGAACAAUAACGUAACUAACCUAAAUGGCCAAUGAAAAAGCAGCGGUCGUUCGCGCACUCAAUUGGGCAAUAUGUACUAGGCUUCAAAUUUGAAUAGCCUACAAACGGUCAUUUGAUUUCAAAUGACGAACAAAGACGACAACAGCUCGGCCACCUGAACUGAACCGAAGAAAAAACGACGUCAAAAACAGCCACUUUUUUUAAAUUAAUUACGGUCAUUAGUGUGAGCCCUGAACACUAAUUAUGCGCCUAAUUAUGUAUUCCGCGUUAUGUACAGAAAAAGCCGGUGAAAGCGCGCCUCUAUUUUGCGCAGAAAAUUCUCCGCCUCUUAAAAGCAUGUGUAACUUAGGAAGCGGCUCUCCUGGCAUAUCCUCCUGGUGAAGUGGCAGCAGUAAUCCGAGCAAGACGAAGACAUAGGCUAAGGAGAAGAGCUGAAAAGAUUUUUGCGCAGGCCGCCUGUUGAGUACCUCUGAGUAACGCCCCCCAUUUGUGCCUGAGCGCCCCCCUCUCUGCUGCCUCGUUCACACCGCCCCCCAACACUGUCCAAACGCCCCCUAGGGGGUGGUACCACCCCCGUUGAGAAACGCUGGGUUAGAGUCUCUGGCUCAUGAUCACAGAGGGUGGCAGUAAUGCACGAGUUUUGUUGCGAUCUGCCAUAAAAAAACGAGGAAGAAGAAGAAGAAGCAGAAGCUGAACCGGAAGUAGAUAUUUUCACACACGUGAAUGAGACAGGAGCAACAGAAAUGGAUUCUACGGAGCAAUCAAUUUCAAAAAAAGGAAAGACGAAAAAGCCAAAGCGAAAAGUCAAAUCUGACGAAAAUCCAGUGGAAGAGAUGAAUCCAGCAGAGGGUGAAGUAAAAGAGGAGAAGUCCGAACCAGGAGCGUUUUUUCCUCCCACAUUCAGCGUGUCUGAGAUCAAAAACAAGCAGCGCAGACAUGCGAUGUUUCUCAAACUGAAGCAGGAGAAAAGAAAGCAAAAGCUGGAAUUGAAAAAGAAAAGGAAGAAGGAGAGAGAAGCUCUUGGCGACAAGGCUCCACCUAAAGAAGUUCCCAAGACUAUAGAAAACCAGAGAAUAUAUGAUGAAACUACAGUCAACCCAGAGGAUGAGGAGGUGGCUUUUGAUGAAGGAACUGAUGAAUUCUCUGCUUACUUUAAUCGUUUGACAAAUCCCAAAGUACUAAUUACCACUUCAGACAGGCCAAGAGGAAGAACUGUGAGGUUUUGUGAGCAGCUGGCGACAGUAAUCCCACAUGCGCAUGUGUACUAUAGAAGAGGUCUGGCAUUGAAGAGAGUCAUUCCUCAGUGUAUAUCACGAGGCUUUACUUACUUAAUGGUGAUCAAUGAGGAUAGAAAGGUGCCAAAUGGUUUGGUUCUCUGUCACCUUCCUGAUGGACCAACUGCACAUUUUAAAGUCAGUAGUGUUCGGCUUCGCAAAGAGAUGAAGAGAAGAGGUAAGGACCCUACAGAACACGUUCCAGAAGUCAUCCUCAAUAAUUUCACUACUAGACUCGGUCACACCAUCGGCCGGCUGUUUGCUGCUCUGUUUCCUCAUGAUCCACAAUUUGUUGGCCGUCAGGUCGCCACGUUUCACAAUCAGAGAGACUUCAUCUUUUUCAGAUUUCACAGGUAUAUCUUCAAGAAUGAAAAGAGAGUAGGAAUACAGGAGCUAGGACCCCGCUUCAGUCUUAAACUUCGCUCCUUACAGAAUGGAACCUUUGACUCCAAAUUUGGGGAAUAUGAAUGGGUUCACAAGCGCCAUGAGAUGGACUCCAGCAGAAGAAAAUUCCAUCUUUAAGAGACGAACUGGAAAAAUAGGAUAACCGCUCUUUAACGUCUCAUAAACAUCUAAUAAUAACUUUGCCAUUUAAUGGAAUGAGUGUUAAAGUGUUACAAACUUUGAAUUUGCUGUUUUUCUUUGAAUUUUCUUUUAAUACCUCUGUAAAAUAUGACUGGAGAUAGAAAUAUUUUCCCUCUUUGCUUAAAUACAUCUUGUAAGCCUUCAUUCACAUUUUGGGGAAAAGAAACAUUUUGAGAGCAGGGCCAGUAUGCAUAAAAUGCUCUUAGUACUAUGAUUUGACUAAUUCUUAGCAAAAGGUGAAACUUGAGCAAUACUAGGAGCUUUUUAAAGAAAGAAGUAAUGGCACAUGUGACACUUAAAGGGAUAGUUCACCAAAAAAUUGAAAUUCUCAUCUACAUGCACUCAUUCCAUCCCAGAUGUGUAUGACUUCCUGCUGCUGAACACAAAGAUUUUUAGAAGAAUUCUUCAGCUCUGUAGGUCCUCAGAGUGCAAGUGAAUGAGUACUAAAAUGUUGACACUCCAAAAUCACAUAAAGGCAGCAUAAAAGUAAUCCAUACAACUCCAGUGGAUAAAUCUAUGGGUGCUUCUCAUUUCUUAAAUUGUGCAUCCUCAUUUCCUUUCCUUGCUUCCUUCCUCGCUACCUAGCUCCACCCUCUUAGGAAAGAAAGGAGGACAGAGGAAUCAAAGCAAGAUGGAUUUGUGAAAUAGAAUGUCCUGCUCGUUCACGUGUCACUUCAUAGUGCUGUCUAUGUGCAGCUGCAUUUCCUCAGAGCGCUUGCCGUUAUGUUAUUUAAACUUUAUUCAUAAUAAAACCUAAUAAUUCAAGAUGCACUGUUAAAGUAUUUGACAAUUAUGGUUUAUUUAAACCGCAAAGGUGAAAUAUGAAUUAAAGCUGUUGUGUCAGAUGUGAAGGGGGAGGAGAAUGUGUGUGCGUCAGGCGAUUUGUCCAAAAAGUCUUCCACAUAGGAUGCUCGGUGCUUCCUCACUCAAGCAUUCUCCAGAAGCUUCCUCACCGUGCAUUUAGAGAAUUGGUCCGUCCUUAAUGAUGGAGGACUUUGAACUGUUUCCGUGUCACAGGCUCGAGGACAGAGGAGCGAGGAAACGAGGAUGCACAAUUUAAGAAAUGAGAAGCACCCUAUAUCUUCAGAAGCAAUAUGAUAGGUGUGGGUUAGAAAGAGAUCAAUAUUUAAGUCCUUUUGGCUAUUUGCAUCCUUUGUGCAUAUUGUCACCUACUGGGCAGGGAUGAUAAUUUAUAGUAGAGAAGGACUUAAAGCUGAAGGAUGUCAUUUCUGUGACGCUAUGACCACAGAAUGGAAUUGCAAAAAAAAAAAAAAAACAUGUUUAUCAAACCUUUUUGAGAAAAUGUAUCUAUUAAUGGCUUACUUAUAGUUUUCUCUGCAUAUUAAGCUGGGACUGAAGUAUUGUAACAAAGAAAAAGUUACAUCAGCUUUAAAUAUUGAUCUGUUUCUCACCCACACCUAUCAUAUCGCUUCUGAAGAUAUAGGUUUAACUACUGGAGUCAUAUGGAUUACUAUUAUGUGGCCUUUAUGUGCUUUUUGGAGCUUCCAAAUUUUGGAACCCAGUCACUUGCAUUGUAUAUAGUCCAUGAACUAAAAUGUGGUACCAAACUAAAAUAUUCUACUAAAAUUCUUUGUGUUCAGCAGAAGAAAGUCAUACACAUCGAGGACGGCAUGAGGGUGAGUAAAUGAUGAGCUACUUGAUGAGCUGUCCCUUUAAGUGUCCCUAAGGAAUACAGUCAUGCCACCCAGCAACCACUGUAUCGUCCAAUAGUGGGCCUGUGAUAACCAAUUAUAAUUGGUUAAUCAAUAAUUUCUUUGUUCAUAUUUCUUGCAUUUUAUUGGAGGAAAAAAACGUUAUUUCACACAUUUUACCCAGUGCCCAAAUUAAAAGUUACAAAAAUAGAAAUGUAUGCUAAACAUUGGUACAAAAUAAAUAAAUGUUACACUGUACAAUGUUGCAUGUAAUUUUUUCACAUUAUAA